AUGCCGGACAGGAGUGGCGCGACGAUGCUGGACGACCUGCCGGACGAGAUCGUCGUCCACAAGAUCCUCAUCAGCCUGCCGCCCAAGGACGUUGGCUGCUGCCGCGCCGUUCGCAGGUCCUGGCGCGACGCCACCACCACGCCUGAGUUCACGCUCGCGCACCACCGCCGCCAGCCCUCUCUCCCCAUCGUCGACGGGCUCCCCUCCCGCUUCGUCGUCCUCCGUGGUGGCAGCGGCGACGGCGCCGUCUCCGUCUCUCCGACCAGCAGCUCUGGCCCUUCCACCCGAACCCCACACUCAGUGCCCGAUCUGCCUACACACGCUUCCACGGACAGGCUCCUCGUCAUCUCACACGGAUGCCGGUUCCACACCUACAACCCGGCCACCUGCCGGCACGCUCUGCUGCCGCAGCCCGAGCAUACUCUCCCGUGCCACAGCAUACUCGGCCUCUACCGGCACGGAGCAACCGGGGAAUACAGGUUGCUCUGGUCUUCAACGAGGGGGCAUGAAACAGCGUUGCACGUUCUCACUGUGGGAUACAAUGAGUCGAGGAGCGUUAGGGUCACAAUGCCGUCCUCGCCUUCCCUAGAGCAGGCAGUGAUCCAGGGGCUACCCCAGGACACCCAUUACACCGGCGCCGCCACCGAUCAUCCGCCCGUCCACCACCAUGGCAAUCAACACUGGAUGCGCAGACAUCGUGGCGCCACGGACACGGCAGACAUCGCGGACAUCAUCGGGAAGCUUGCUCUGUACAGCAUCGACCACCGCCUCACCGCUAGAAAUGUCUGGGUGAUGCAGGACUACGAGGCCGAGAUCUGGACCUUCAAAUUCCGAAUCGAUGUGUCAACGCUGCUGAUCGGGUUCAAUGAAAAACAUGUGCUGCACUGCGACAUCUAUGGAAACUUCCUAGGUAUGGUGAACAUUGGACAGUUCCAGGCUCGUAUGUUGCUUACUCAGCACCGCCUCCAGGAGAGCAUCAUUCCGAUACCACCCCAUACGUGA